AUGAGUUUUAAAUCAUGGUACAAUGUCAAAAGUCUUGCUGUUGAAGGUCCAGAUGUCAAUGAAGAUGUUCCAAGUAUGGAAGCAUGUUUUGAAAAGAUUACUCAAUUAAUUGAUAGAGAAAUUAAUGAAUUUGGAGUUGAUCCUAGCAGGAUUAUAAUUUCUGGAUUUUCUCAAGGAGGAAGUGUUGCAUUCUAUUAUGGAUUAACUUGCAAAUACAAACUUGGAGGAAUUGCAAUCUUAUCUUCCUGGCUUCCUCUUCGUACACAAUUACAAUCUCUUUUACAAAAUCCAGAAUUUGAUUUCAAAAAUUGUAAAACUCCAAUUUUCAUAGCUCACGGAGAUGCUGAUAAUGUUCUGGAAUACAAAUAUGGAGUUUCUAGUAAGGAUUAUUUGGUCAAUCAAGUGUUGAAUCAAGAAGGAGGUUCAGAGCAUGUUGAAUUUCACACUUAUAAAGGAAUGGGACAUUCUUCCAAUGAGGAAGAAUUGAGAGAUUUAGGAAGGUUUAUUGGAAAGGUGUUAAAUUAA